GGGCGCCGACGCAGGCCCGGGAAGACGCGGUGGCUCCGGCGCGCGUGGCUUUCCUAGAAAGUGCCGCUCCACGCCGCGGCGAUGCCCUCCCUGUGGAGAGAAAUCCUCCUGGAGACCCUCCUGGGAUAUGUUUCUUGGUCUCUCUACCAUGGCCUGGGACCGAUGAUCUAUUACUUUCCUCUGCAAACACUAGAACUCACUGGGCUUGAAAGUUUUAGUAUAGCGUUUCUUUCUCCGAUAUUCCUAACAAUUACUCCUUUCUGGAAACUGGCUAACAAGAAGUGGAUGUUAACCCUGCUGCGGAUAAUUACUGUUGGCAGCAUAGCCUCCUUCCAGGCUCCAAAUGCCACACUUCGACUGGUGGUCCUUGCACUUGGUGUGUCUUCCUCUCUGAUAGUGCAAGCCGUGACUUGGUGGUCAGGAGGCAGUUUGCAAAGGUACCUCAGAAUCUGGGGAUUCAUUUUAGGACAGAUUCUUCUUCUUGUUCUCCGCAUAUGGUAUACUUCACUAAACCCAAUCUGGAGUUAUCCAGUGUCCAACAGAGUGGUGUUGACAUUAAGUGCCAUAGCCACGCUGGAUCGUAUCAGCACAGAUGGUGACUGCAGUAAACCUGAGGGAAAGAAGACUGGCGAGACAGCUCAGGGGAUGGCCUCCAGACCUAACUGGCUGUUGGCAGGGGCUGCCUUUGGUAGCCUCAUGUUCCUCACCCACUGGAUUUUUGGAGAGGUCUCUCUUGUUUCCCGAUGGGCAGUGAGUGGGCAUCCCCACCCAGGGCCAGAUCCUAACCCAUUUGGAGGUGCAGUUCUGUUGGGCUUGGCAAGUGGAUUGAUGCUUUCAGCUUGUUCAUGGUUUCAUGGGACUAGCUUCCUCUGGUGGGUUACAGGAGCGACUUCAGCUGCAGGUCUCCUUUACCUGCCCACAUGGGCAGCUGCUGUUUCUGGCUGUGUGCUCGCUGGCUUCACUACGUCCAUGUGGCCUCAAGUGAUUGGACACCUCAUUAGCUCAGGGACAAGCCCUGGGAAAACCAUGACCGUUGCCAUGAUAUUUUAUCUUCUAGAAAUAUUUUUCUGUGCCUGGUGCACGGCUUUUAAGUUUGUCCCAGGAGGUGUCUACGCUAGAGAAAGAUCUGAUGUGCUUUUGGGGACAAUGAUGGUAAUUAUUGGGCUAAAUAUGCUAUUUGGUCCUAAGAAAAACUUUGACUUUCUUCUUCAAACAAAAAACAGUCCUAAGGUGCUUUUCAGAAAGAGUGAAACAUACAUGAAACUUUUUUUGUGGCUGCUUGUUGGUGUGGGGUUGUUGGGAUUAGGACUACGACAUAAAACCUAUGAGAGGAAAUUAGGCAAAGGGGCACCAGCCAGAGAGGUCUCUGCCGCCAUCUGGCCUUUCAGGUUUGGAUACGACAAUGAAGGAUGGUCUAGUCUAGAAAGAUCAGCUCAACUGCUCCAUCAGACACGUGCAGAUUUCAUAACAAUUUUAGAGAGCGAUGCUUCUAAGCCCUAUAUGGGGAACAAUGACUUAACCAUGUGGCUAGGGGAGAAGCUGGGUUUCUAUACAGACUUUGGUCCAAGCACAAGGGAUCACACUUGGGGGAUCAUGGUUUUGUCAAGAUACCCAAUUGUGAAGUCGGAACAUCACCUUCUCCCGUCACCAGAGGGCGAGAUCGCACCAGCCAUAACACUGACUGUUAACAUCUCGGACAAACUGGUGGAUUUUGUUGUGACACACUUUGGGAAUCACGAAGAUGACCUUGACAGGAAACUGCAGGCUAUUGCUGUUUCAAAACUACUGAAAAAUAGCUCUAAUCAGGUGAUAUUUCUGGGAUAUAUCACUUCAGCACCUGGUUCAAGAGAUUAUCUACAGCUCACUGGACAUGGCAAUGUGAAGGAUAUCGACAGCACAGAUCAUGACAGAUGGUGUGAAUACAUUAUGUAUCGUGGCCUGAUCAGGAUGGGUUAUGCAAGAAUCUCCCAUGCUGAACUGAGUGAUUCUGAAAUUCAGAUGGCUAAAUUUAGGAUCCCUGAUGACCCCAUUAAUUAUAGAGACAACCAGAAAGUGGUCAUAGACCCCAGAGAAGUUCCCAGGAAAAUUCACUUCAAUCCCAGAUUUGGAUCCUACAAAGAAGGACACAAUUAUGAAAACAACCAUCAUUUUCAUAUGAAUACUCCCAAAUACUUUUUAUGAAAUAUUUAAAAUAAGAAGUAAUUGACUGGGGAAGUCUACGAAAAAAAGAGUGUGUAAGAUAAAAAGAAGAGAUUAAUGAAAGUGGGAAAAUACACACGAAGAACCUUGGUUUUUAUAAAGCAUGGUAUCU